AUGGACAGACCUAAUGCCAGCUAUUCGAGAACAUAUCUCACGCGAGAGAACUAUCGCGGCCCAACGCUGCUGCGAUCUAUCCGAGGAGAAGAGUCUCAGAAACAACUAUCAAGUCCAAUCAUGAAAACCGACGUGCGGGAAGAUGAGAGUCUCAUCUACGCGCCACCUGAUUCCAGUUCUUCAGAUGAGGAUGACGACCUGCCCCGCAAACCUGCCCUGAGCUCGCCCAGACAGUCCAAAGGAAAGACUCUGAAGCCCUCCAGUCCAUCCACGAAACGUACUGCGAACACAGCUGCCUCGACCAGACCGAAACGGCGGAAACUCAAAGAUGAACCUGCUCUUGACGCGCUCCAAGCCCUUGAAAGUUCGACUCUUGGCGACCCUUUCCCCGGUUGGACCUCGUCGGGUUCGCAGAAGAGAAAGCCUUCCAAGAAUUAUGCCAAUCGCAAAUUCUUUCAAAAGUUGGAGCCCAUCGAGAGCAUGAGCGAGCCAGUUACAAAAGGAAACGGGUUUGUAUCUUAUGCCGAAGUGGAAGAGCAUGAAAAGAAGCCCUCCAAGACAACAUUCAUACACGUUGCCGAGGUGCCUGCUCUAGAUGUUGCGAAGGAAAACACCAACUCAGGUCAGAAAAUGACUAUUCCAAGUCUUCCCACUGAGACUUCGGAACCCAAAAGAACGGAAAUCCAAAUACCAGAGUUGCCAGACUUUUCGUCCUCGGGCGGCACAGACAACCUCGUCUCUUUUGACGCGGAUUCGCCUCGAGCGGAAGGCCGUAGAAGGUCGGGGUCAACGUCCUCUCUGUCUUCCGUGGACGACAUGUUUCUACUCCUGCACAACGAAGAGUUCAAAGAAGAAGCCGAACUGGCAACAGCUCGAGUGCAUUGCCCGGUCUGCCAAAAACCGGUCCGAGACACCAUUUCGGUAUUUGUUCCGGACAACCUUCGCACUAUGCCUUUUCAACAACAGCAAAAGUUUUGUUCUCAACACCGACUCGCGGAUGCACGAGGGCAAUGGGAAGAAAGAGGUUAUCCCAGGCUGGAUUGGGAGCAGCUGGAAACUCUCCGCAUACCGCGGAAAACCCAAGAGCUGAAGCGGGUGAUCAGUCGACAAAGAUCCAGUUACUACCUGGACGAGCUUGACUCGAAGAUCAAAGCGGCCAAGGGCAAUCGCAGGGCCAUCCGGAAUUAUCUCAAUGAGGGAUUGAUUGACAUUGCUAAACCGGGUUAUUAUGGGCCCAAAGGUGCCCGAAUCAUGGUGCAUGCAAUUACGGAAUCACUCUCAAGCACUCUCAACAAGGCACUACAAUCGGACUCGGCGCUGCGAGCUACGGGCGUGGGCGCAUAUGUGAGUGCUGUAUUGGUGCCCGAGUUGACCUUGCAGCUCGUAAUGGAAGAUAUGAACCUGCCAACAGGCAAAGAAGGCAGGAAGGUGUUGGACGAGAGUACUGAUAUCGGAGUCCUGUUGAAUCCGGACGACGACCAUGUGGAACGGGAACAAGAACAUGAUGGGGAGAAUGACUGA